GAGUGUGUGUGUGUGUGUGUGUGUGUGCACUGUAGGCCCACUGGGUGGACACCGAGAGGCAGCUGAGGGAGGCUGCAGCGGAGCUUCAGGAGUCUGGCCAGUCAGAAGCCCAGAGGAGAGCGUCCCAGCUCUCAGACCUGUCUCUACUCCUGCCUCCUCACGUUCUGCUCAUCCUCACUCAAGGUGAUGAUAAGGAGUGGGAGCAGCAGUGCUGCUGGCAGACAGAGCUGGUGGCUGGCCUGGACAGGGUGAACGUGUGUGUGGAGAAACUGCAGCAGGACCAUGAGAGAUGGACAGCACAGAGGGGAGAGCAGACGGCAUCAAUCCAUGUCAUGGAUGGGAAACUGAGACAGAGAGAAAUAUGGGAGCAGCUAAACUCCAGGCAGGCUGAACUAAAUGCUGCUCUUAUAGCGCUGCACUGUGUCCGAGAACUCUGCCAGCUCCGCGCAGAAACAGCGCAGUCUGUGUUAUCAGGUUCCUUCUGGUACAAGGAGUUUGGGCUGGCCAGGCUAACGGUCCCCAGUAACCCACUGAAGGUGGUGUCGUUGACCCAGCAGAAAGCCGUGCCUCUCCUGGAGCGCCUCAUUCAGCUACUGGAGGAGAGCAAACAGUCAAGUUUCUCCCCGAGCACCUACUGCCAGCGCAUCUCUGGUACCUCAGCAGGUUUGUCAACAAAACAGACAUUUGGAUUGGAGACAUGUUCUCGUGCAUGGACCGAGUCAGUGCCUGUGGUUAAAGGAAUCUCCACCCAGUCUCUGAGAGACCCAAUGAAGGCUCAGCCUCAGGACCAGGAUUCUAAGGGCCUCGGUGUCCCACAGCCCAGUCCUCCUCACUCACAGACAGCUCACAGAACGACUGCAAUCUCUGAUAUACACUCACAAGAGGGCCAGCCUAUGAAAGAAUCUGUUCAGCCGUCACAUGUCUGUGUCCCCACACUGUCAGAGGAGGAGUGGGAUAAAUUGCUGGAGCUCUCCCCACUCUUCCAGCUGCUAAAGGGUGUGGAGAGGAAGCUCAGGGGCCUGGCGCGAGAUGCAGGACUUUUGAGGGGGGAGCUCGACGGCAGAGGGACCUCUUUUAUUGACUAUCUGGAUGCACAGUGGGAGUGUGAAGGAGAGCUGCUCCAUCUCGACCCAGAUAGUCUUAAUCCCAGAGAGUUCCUGGUCUACCAGCAUGGACUAUUCCUACUGCAAACACUACAUACUCUCAAACUGACUCCAGCAGUGUCACUCCAGAUAGCAACUAGUCUUCCAUCCAAUAACUACAAAUACAACGCCUUCCGAAAUUCCUUCUUUUAUCAGGAAGCUGAGCAGACAGUGUUUGUGCGUCGCCAGAGACUGCAGUCAGUGGGAGGAUUCUCUCUGCUCCUCUUGCACUGUCUGUCACACAUCGCAGUUGGGGAUAUGAGCGUCGACUCCAGUCCUAUCUUCCAACGGACUUUCUUCAAGCUGCUGCAAGCAUGUCUGGGUGAGCUAUUCCAGGCCAGACUAGGGAGUUCCUCAAUGGGUAGGGAGGAUGCUGCUCCACAGAGCUCCAUGCCAUGGGACUCCCAUCCCUCCUCCUCCCACCCCACCUCCCUGCUGGAGAGGCUUCAGAGGCCCAGUCGGGGGCUCCUUUCACAGGAGGAGGUGGAGGGACUUCUGCAGAAGCACAGGGAGGCGUCGGUGUUCCUCCAUGUCGAAAGGCUGUUGAGAGAGAAGAGCUUGGGGCUCCGAAACAUGGAAGUGCGUCACAAAGCCCAGGAAGAAAAUAGUGAUCUAGCUCAGUGAUCUAUGGCAAGACAUGAUGUAGGGGUCCCCGGAUUUUUGGAAAGCGUUUUAGUAAGCGUCGGAACGGAAAAGGUUGAGAGCCCCCUCACAUACAGUACUGAGUACAAUUCAUGAUGGCUGCUCUCCUUAGAAAAAACACAGUUAUGUAUGGACUGGCAACUGAUGAAAGACCAAAACUUUUUCCUUGGAAGUGUGACAGAGAGGUUCUUCAUGCACACGCACACAUAUCCUUUUACAAUCUGUAUACAACCUGACCAUGACGUCACAAAAGACAUCAGACUGAUAUCACUGCAACCAGGUUCGCCUACUGGGACUAGAAUGCUGGGAGGGGGGCGCAGGAGGUGUCCCUCAACCCUAUGUGUGUGUGGAGGCCUAUUUGUGUUGAGACUAUUUUUAGGAUGCUGUUGUCAGUUACAGACACAAUCUGUGAUAUUUCCUGCUGUUCAAUGGUCAUAUCAAUGAAUAACCAUUGGUUCUUGAGGACUCUAACUUAGAAAUGCCUUAUGAACUUAGUGCAACUGCAUUACUCUAUCAUAAUCUAAAAUAUAGGUGGCAUUGCUCCAUGUUUAUGCUUUUUGUGUCAUCUUAGUUUUUGUUAACAAUAAUUGUAUAACUUAAAGAAAUACGUAUGUUUAAAACUAUCAUAUCAAUCUUUUUGAUAAUCUGUGCAUCCAUAGAUAAGUGUAUGAAUUUAAGAGUGGUUUCAUUUUUUCAGCUCCACCACCCUGCUUAAAUGGCAGGGGCUGCUGUUGGGCUGAAACACAGACUCCAGAUUGUGCUACAUAGCAGUGGAGGUUUUGAGUUUUAGAAAAUUGGUCUACACAGUAUUGACACAGGAGUAGAGAUAAGUCUUAAAACCUUUAAACAAAUCUAAGACUGAUUUAUAAACUUUUUGCAAUGCACUUUUGAUGUAAACCGUUAUGCCUGUAUUGCUUGUAUCAACAUUUCUAUGUCUCAAAUGUGCUUGGAAAUAAAUAAACAAAGACCAUGAA